UUAUACUCGUAUCAAACUCUUCACCGUCAUCCUACCAGGAAACAGCUGCUGCGAAAGCGAUCGUACGGUGGAAGACCCUGCGGUGAUAUCUGGUGAGCCUGCACUUGUGGUGGACUUGCGCGAUCGACGAUCAAAGUUGGUGGUAACGCUAUCAUCAGCUGACCUGUUAGUCUCAGUAAACCCGGACUUUGUGGCUAAGGUGGCGCAUUAA